AUGGCAAAUAAGAAUGAAAAUAUUGAUGAGAUAAUUAGGUUCUACGAGAAAACAAAAAUAAGAGCAGAGUAUUUGAAACAAAACGAUGAGAUAUGUGGAAAUAUUAUGCUUUCAACUCCUCCACAGCUUAGCCAAAUAAGAAGAGUAAAGUUCCAACCUACAUUAUCACCGAUUGCACAAUCUCCAUUGUCAGAGGAUGUAAGUAAAUCAUCUCCAAAAAUUCAAAAGGAAAUGAAGGACGUUCAGACCCAAACAGAUUAUUUAGAUUUGGGAAUGGUAUCUAAAGUUUGUGAAAAUAGGAUAGAAAUAAAAUCAAAAGAAGAUUCCAAGGAUGAGACAGAAAAACAAUAUGAAAUGGAUGAAAUUAAGAGUAUUCAUACUCAAGAAAUAUUUGUUAAAUAUGAUAAAUCACAAGAAAAUCAGAGUAUUAGCCUAUUAGAGAGUCAAAAUAAAAAUUCAAAAGUAGAAACUCAAGAAAAAGAUAACCAAAUAAAAAAGUAUUCACUUAGGGAAAAUUCAAGAUCAAUUACUUAUACUGUUCCUUCUUUAAGGGUAAAAUUAAGAAGAGAUACAGAAAAGCCAGAAUAUAAUCCAUUUAAAACACAUAAUUACUUUAAACCAAGAAAGAAUUUGAAUUAA